AUGUUGCAUUGCCUUGUCUUUGCCUCUCUGCUCCGACCGACCGAUUUCUUUCGAAAACGCGCCCUGAAAAAGACAUUCUUGAACGCCGACUCUAUAUCAAUGCGAAAAGACGACGAAGAAGCAAUAUUUUCAUCCAACAACUCUAUUAUUAUUUCCCCAGCAAUUACAGUUUCAACAAGCAGCACUACAGAUAUUUCCCAUAACAACAAUACGGCGACUAAUUCAACGAAGCAUACACUGGGAGGAGAAGAGAAUACCUGCAAACAAUUUCCCCGCCAAAUAAAGACAUUGUUGUCGGAGUCGCCAAGAAGACGUGAGAGUUGUCAAAGCAGUCCAGAACUUUUGCCCAUGCUAGAAGCCAAAGGAGUUGUCAGCAUAAACUGUGAUAUGAUAAAUAAAAGUGGUAUGGUCAAUAAGUUAGAACCUGACAUAAUUCAUUAUCAAAACAAGCGGCCUUUAAUAAGCGACUCGAUGUUGGGUUUUGGCUCCAUGGUUAGUCUUCAAGACAUAAGUCGACGGAACAGUCAAAUAAAGGCAAUGCGUUACCUGCGGGAAAACUCGUUAAUUGGCGCCUCUUUGCCUGAGUCACCUCCGGAAACUCAACCAAACAAAGGAACAUGUCUCCGAAAAUUUGCGAAAAAGAUGUUCAUGAAAUUCGAUCUUAACUUACUCAAGUACAAACUCUAUUUGGUCUUUCUAUUCGGUUACAACUUUGGCUGUUGCGGUUCAAGUACUAUGCACGUCUAUUUUCCUUCGCACGUACAAGAUAUGGGUCUCAGUCGUGAGAAAGGAAUGUUCAUCGUAUCACUUUCUGGCUUGGCCGACUUGUCCGGACGAAUCAUUAUGUCUAUCAUCGCUGAUCGACUUUGUAUGCAACGCAGUCACCUUGUAUCUUUGAUCCUUCUGCUUCAUGGUGCUGCUUGUUGUUGUGUGCCGUUGAUUACAACGUUUUACUGGUACGCUGCCUACAGCGUCUUGUAUGGACUCAGUGGCGGCAUUUUUUUCUCUUGCAUCACAAGUGUUCUUACUGACUUCAUCGGACUUCACAAAUUGGCCAAAGGUCUUGGUAUGGGAUUCCUUUUCCAUGGACUCUCAGCCUCAUUUGCUUUUCCCGUCCAUGGUAAGUAA